CUUUUAAGCACAUGGAAAUAAAACAACACGUUUUAAAUGACUUUUGUUUUUCGAAGUAUCCUCCACGAAGAUUAAUACAUAUCUGCAUGCGCUCGAACCAAUUUUUGAAGCACUUAUUCCACUCGUUUUCUUGCAGAUCCAAAACGGCAUUUUUUAAUGCGUCAACUGCUUCUUCUGGUGACUGGAACCUUUGACCACGCUGUCUGUUUUUAAUUUUCGGGAAAGUAAAGAAAUCGUUAGGACUCAGAUCGGGACUAUAUGGAGGAUGGUCCAAUAAUUCCACGUUUUCUUCCGUUAAAUACU